GUCACCACUCGGUCACCCUACCGAACGGUUGGGUUCCAAGUUCGUCGCUUUUUAUUGUCGUCGGAUAAGCGCGAGAGAGGUGAUCUCUAAACGCGCCUCGAUCUCGGAAAACGCGCGACAGAUACAUACAUACAUAGAUAUAUAUUGAUAUCCCUCUAUCUAUAUCUUUUUCUCUUUCUCUUUCUGUCUUCCUGCUCUCUCCUUUCUCUUUCUUUUCUUCUCUCUCUCUCUCUCUCUCUCUCUUUUUCUCUUUCCAUCUUUCCUAAUUUUUCUAUAUCAAUCGUUCGGGGGGGAAAAAAGAAAAGCGAAAUGGAAAUAUUCAAGACUUAAUUAAGACGUAUCGACUGCGGAGAGAGAGGAAGAAGACAGUGUUACCUUUCUCUCUCUCUCUCUCUCUCUCUCUUUCUCUCCUUUCUUUCUCUCUUUCUCUUUCUUUCUUUCUCUCUUUCUCUCUUUUUCUUUCUUUCUUUCUCUGUCUCUCUUUCUCUAUCUAUCUAUCUAUCUAUCUCGCUCUCCGUUCUCUCGUACUUCGUGUGGACGCGUACCGCAACCGGUCAGCGCGUGUGCACCCGACAACGAUCGAUCCUCUCCGCGAUAGAGAUCCAGAGAGAGAAGCGAUGGACGGAACCACCCUUCCACGAGACGACGACGCCAGAUAAGGAGCAGGAACAUCGAGGAUAAACCUCCUCUUCUCUCCUCUCUCUCUUUUUCUCUCUCUGUCUCCGUCUCCGUGUCUCUAUCCAUCUCCGUCUCCGUUCCGUCUCCGUCUCCGUCUCCGUCUCUGUCGCACUCUCGGCCGUUCGCUUGUUCGCUCUCUAGCUAGCCUUUAUCUCUACGUCGACACUUUUUUCAACGAUAUUCGACCAAUUUCUUCGCACGAAAGAGGAAGAGGGAGGAGUGCGAACGAGAAGGAGAAUAGGUUUCGAUUUGGAUCUUGCUAGAUCAAAGAGAAAUUCUUCUUUGAGAUUAAUAAAACAAGAAUAAAAACCAGAAGAAGAAGAAGAAGAAGAAAAGAAGAAGAAGAAGAAGAAGAAGAAGAAGAAGAAGAAGCAGAAGAUAAGAAGAAAAAGAAGAAGAAGAAGAAGUAGAAAAGAAGAAAGAAAAACAAAAAGAGAGAAAGAGAGGGAGAGAGUGAGAGAGAAAAAAAAAGAUACAAAAAGAAAGGAAGAAAGAAAAAAGAUAGAGAGUGCGCGCGUGUGUGCAAAGUAUUUAUUAGUAGUAGUCGAGUAGGAUAAGUUCGAUCGGAACGAUGUGAUCGUUUGAAGGGACCAGAGGCUUCUCCAGCCGGCUUCCUCACUGGCGAGGGAUGUCCUCCUCCGCGGGCACGAGUUGCACGGACGCCGAGGAGGACGCCGAGGAUGUGGAGAACGAGGUCGUUGGAACGAGGCCCGCUUCGUUUGCUCGUUAUCCGUGGUCAUCGCCGUCGUCAUCAUCACCGACACCAUCGUCGUUUACGACGAGAAGAAGAAGAGGAAGAGCAGCAACGCAGCAGUCAUCGUCAUCAUCGUCGUCGUCGUUCUUAUCAUCCCUAUCAUCGUCACCGUCGUUCUCGUUCCCGUUCUCGUCCUCGUUGUCGUCAUCAUCAUCAUCAUCCUCGUCAUCACCAUCGUCGCCAUCAACUUGCACGGCCAGUAUUAGCGAUAGCUCGGCCAAUCGCUUGGAAGGACUGCGGUUAGAUGGGUCAGUGCUCAUCAUUGGCACAUAUCCAUCAAAAGGACACCUGGAGGACUCUGUCAGCGAGUUCUCGUUGCUGCGAGCAUUGCCUAGGAUUAUCUCAUAAGAUAGAAAUUUUCGAUUGUUGGCUCGCCUAUUUCUACUUCUACUACUAUUACUACUACUACUACUAUUACUACUAUUACUACUGUUACGAUUAUUAUUAUUACUACUAUUACAAAUACUACUACUACUACUAUUACUACUACUACUAUUGCUACUACUACUGCUGCUGCUGCUACUACUACUACUACUACUACUACUACUACUACUACUGCUGUUACUAUUGCUACUACUACAACUUCUGCUACUACUACUUCUACUACUACUACAACUACUUCAUCAUUAUCUUCUAUCGUUAUUCCUAUUAUAUUCUCUAUCCAUCAAAAUCCUCUUUGCUUAUCCAAUCGAUCUUUGUCCUCGUCAUCGACGAGACUACUUCCUUCCUAGUCGUCUUGGGCCAGAAAAGUGGGCCGAAGGUCAUCGUACUUCUAUCGAUCAAUCCCUACCUUUCUUCUUCUUCUUCUUCUUCUUCUUCUUCUUCUUCUUCUUCUUCUUCUUCUUCUUCUUUUUCUUCUUCUUCUUCUUCUUCUUCUUCAUCUUCUAUCUUGAAUCUUUUUAUUCCUUUUUCCUUUUUAAAAAAGAAGGGACUACUACCAGACAGACCUUCCUAUUUAUUUUUCGGCAAUACUGCAAUGUCGCGCGGGAGGGAGACGAUCUUUAGGUGACGAAAGAAGCGCCACGUUCUCCUCUUUUUCUUCUUCUUUUUCUUAUUCCUUAUCCUCCACCUCCUAUCCCUUAUCCUUAUCCUCAAUCUCCUUUUCUUCCUCCACUACUUCCUCCUAUUCCUUAUCCUUAUCCCUUACCAUCGUCAAUUCCGUGGAUAUAAAAUUACGUGGGAUCUCUCUCGAUGGUGAUUCGGCCAGCGGCGAUGAUGACGAUGAUGAUGAUGACGUUGAAUACGCCGAUGAUAAUGAUGACGAUGAUGACGAUGAUGAUGACGAUGAUGAUGGUGAUGAUGAUGGUGAUGAUUAUAAUUAUAAUUAUGCUGGUGGUCAUGAUGUUGAUGUUGUUGAUGAUGAUGAUGAUGAUGAUGAUGAUGAUGAUGAUGAUGAUGAUGAUGAUGAUCCUAAUAAUAAUAAUAAUAAUAAUAAUGAUGAUGAUGAUGAUGAUGAUGAUGUUGAUGAUGUUGAUGAUGAUGACGACGACGAUCGACUUUCGUUUUCGGAUAUCGCGAGUGUGCCAGUAGUGGUGACGUGUGUGAACAAAGAAGGAAAAGGGUGAAAAAGUGAAAGAAAGAAAGAGAAAAAGAAAAAAGAAAGAGAGAGAGAGAGAGAGAUAGAAGAUAGAAGAUAGAAAGGAAAGAAGAAGGAAGGAAACAAGGAAGGAACAAAAGGGCUGUUGCAAUGCGGUGCUCAAGGUACCGGCUCGAGCACAACCUCGUCCUCGUCGUCGUCGUUGUUGUCCUCUUUGUCCUCCUCCUCUUCGUCCUCCUCGUCGUCGCAGAGCCGAGCUCCUGAUAGCCAUCUCUCAGCGACCACGGUCCAGGAUCGUUCAACGAAGAAAGGAUGCCAGGGGGCCGUAGGGGCCUGGUAGCCCCGCAAAACACGUUCCUCGAGAACAUUAUUAGACGGAGCAGCAGUCAACCUGACAGCAGCUUCUUACUGGCAAAUGCUCAGAUCGUCGACUUUCCGAUCGUCUAUUGCAACGAGAGCUUUUGCAAGAUCUCUGGUUACAAUCGUGCCGAGGUUAUGCAAAAGUCAUGCCGAUGUGGAUUCAUGUACGGGGAACUAACGAACAAGGAAACGAUAGCCAGGAUCGAAGAGUGCCUCGAGGGCCAAAUUCACGACCAAUUCGAGAUCCUGCUCUACAAGAAGAACAGUACCCCACGAGAAACACCACUAUGGCUUCUACUACAAAUAGCACCGAUCAAAAACGAACGAGACUUAGUUGUCCUGUUCCUGUUAACCUUCCGAGACAUAACGGCGUUAAAGCAGCCAAUCGAGACGGACGACAGCAAGGGUGGUCUUUCAAAAUUUGCCAAACUCGCAAGAUCGGUUACCAGAUCGAGAUCGGUCCUUGUUUCGCAGUUCAGCUCCCAUCUUCCAGCUCUAAAGGAUUCUGCUUUACCUACUACUGCGAAACAAUCGCAUCUGGCUCAUAUGAUGUCCUUGAGCGGAGAUGUAAUGCCACAGUACAGACAGGAAGCACCAAAGACUCCACCGCACAUUUUGUUACACUAUUGCGCGUUCAAAGCGAUCUGGGAUUGGAUUAUUUUGUGCUUGACCUUCUACACGGCCAUAAUGGUUCCGUACAACGUUGCCUUCAAAAAUAAAACCAGCGAGGACGUUUCUCUUUUGGUACUCGACAGUAUAGUCGACGUAAUAUUCUUUAUCGAUAUAGUAUUAAAUUUUCAUACCACGUUCGUCGGGGCUGGUGGUGAAGUUGUGUCCGACCCAAAAGUUAUCAGGAUGAAUUAUCUCAAGUCUUGGUUCAUCAUCGAUCUGCUGAGCUGUUUACCCUACGACGUGUUCAACGCGUUCGAUCACGACGAGGAUGGUAUCGGUAGUCUCUUCUCCGCUUUGAAGGUCGUCCGUUUACUUCGUCUUGGAAGGGUCGUUCGCAAACUCGAUCGGUAUCUGGAGUAUGGAGCCGCCAUGCUCAUUCUUCUGCUCUGUUUCUACAUGUUGGUUGCUCACUGGCUGGCCUGUAUCUGGUACGUCACAUUAAGGUAUUCGAUAGGAAGAUCGGAUGCUGACAACGGAGUUCAAUAUUCAUGGCUGUGGAAGUUGGCCAAUGUUACCCAGUCACCCUACAGCUACUUGUGGACCAAUGCCAGCACUGCACCAGAACUAGUAGCUGGACCAUCACGCCGCACGAUGUAUGUCACUGCUCUUUACUUCACGAUGACUUGCAUGACUUCCGUCGGCUUUGGAAACGUCGCGGCAGAAACAGAUAACGAGAAGAUAUUUACCAUCUGCAUGAUGAUCAUUGCUGCAUUGCUGUACGCUACGAUCUUUGGUCACGUUACAACCAUUAUUCAACAAAUGACAUCGGCCACCGCCAAAUACCAUGACAUGUUGAACAACGUACGGGAAUUCAUGAAACUCCAUGAAGUACCUAAAGCGCUUAGCGAACGUGUCAUGGAUUAUGUAGUAAGUACAUGGGCUAUGACCAAGGGCCUAGAUACAGACAAAGUGCUUAACUACUGUCCCAAAGAUAUGAAAGCCGAUAUUUGUGUACAUCUUAAUCGGAAAGUUUUCAAUGAACACCCUGCCUUCAGGUUGGCAUCCGACGGAUGCUUACGUGCUUUAGCAAUGCAUUUUACAAUGUCGCACAGUGCACCUGGUGAUCUGCUCUAUCACACAGGUGAAUCUAUCGACUCGUUGUGCUUCAUCGUCACCGGAAGCCUAGAAGUGAUCCAAGACGAUGAGGUAGUAGCAAUUCUUGGGAAGGGUGAUGUCUUUGGUGACAGCUUUUGGACUAACCCAUCGGUUGGACAGAGCGCGGCUAACGUUAGAGCACUAACUUAUUGUGACCUUCACACCAUUAAGCGUGAUCGACUGUUAGAAGUUUUGGAUUUUUAUCAAGCCUUCGCAAACUCCUUCGCCAGAAAUCUUGUACUAACGUACAAUCUAAGCAAUCGGCUGAUCUUUCGAAAGGUGGCUGACGUGCGUCGUGAAAAGGAGCUCGCUGAAAGACGAAAAAACGAGCCACAGUUGGAUCAAGCUCAGGAUCAUUUAGUUCGGAAAAUUUUCUCAAGGUUCAAGACCGAUGGGGAAGCCCAGAUCAGCGUGUCCAAAGCCGUUUCAACACGGUCCCAACAGGAUUCAGACGAGGAGCUCACCGUGAACGUCCUGCCGCCCUGGCCCAGUUUUAGGUUUCGUAGAGAGAGACAUACGGCAGAUGUUGAGAAAGGAGACAGUAAGGAUGGGAAAGAUGGCGAAUCGUCUCAUUCGAGAAAACCGUCCACCGAUGAGAAUAUCGCUGCCAAACCUCGAACUGGCAAGUGGGGAAGAUUGCUAGGUAGUUCCAGUCUGGAUUCAGGUAGUGAAACAGGUACGGCCGGGGACACGUUUAAGAGAUCGUUAAGUGCACGAGAUUCGCGUCCAAGUUCUAGUGCCGGAACGAACAAGGUCUUUCCGAAAUUCGGGAAGUUAGGUGGUACGAUAGAAGAAACAGGUGGAGGAGAUAGUGCUGAUAAGGAUGGACAACAUCAGCAACAACAGCAACAACAACAACAACAACAACAGUCUCAGAAUCUUUCGGUAGACUCGAAGCAAUUGCAACUUCGACGUCUGGAAAGUUACGAUGGUGGUUUGAUAUCGACUCAGCCUAGUCACGAUCGUGAGAUUCUUGCGGCGGUAUUAGAAGUGAAAGUCGACUUGAAGCUGGAAGUGCAAAGAGUGAAUCAAAGACUCGCUAAGAUGGAGGACAUGCUUCAGACUUUGUUGAGCCGAGUUCCAUUGGCUGCAACACCUCCGGGAAGUACGGUCAUCUCGCAGCAGCAACAACAGCAGCAGCAGCAGCAACCGCAACAACAACAGCAGCAGCAGCAGCAGCAGCAGCAGCAGCAGCAGCAGCAGAGACCUUUGAAUUUCCCAUCGAGUAGUUCAGCUCAAAAUCAACCGUCCUGCCAAGUGCAAGUGAAUCAACAGCAAGUUGUUCCACAAAGUAUGCAAACGUCUGAACAGAAGGCGUCUACGAGUACUUCUAUGACACCUGGCGAAGGUUAUAGAGAGCAACAGCAGCAACAACCUAUGGAACGUAGUUCAAAGAGUCAAGAACAUCAUCAUCAUCAUCACCACCAUCACCAACAGUCAAAAGAUUCGGACAGAUUAUCGGGUAGUUCCGAUUACAAAACUUCCUCGAGAGAAGUUAGCAAAGAACUUCUCGAAAGACUUGCCCAAGCAUCAACCUCGAGAGGUGACGACUCGAGUGCACUUGGACCACUCAUAUUAAGGAAACGAAAAAGUAAAUCGCGCAACAAGGGUGCAGCGCCUCUCGCACCUUUAGCUACCCAACCGGUUAGUCCCUCGGAGGCUACAGAAACUACGCAAAUGCUCGAAUGUACCGACGAUCGUGAGGCUAGUGCCAGUGCCGAAAGGACCGAGAGGACCGAUAGGUCCGAACGAAAAAGGCCACCACCCAGGCCUAGAGAAUAUUAUUGAAAGUUCUUCCGAUCUAAUCUUUUCAUCCUAAUCCUCUAUUUCCUCCUCUUCCUUUCGUGAUUCUCGAUCUGGGUGGAUGGCUCCGUUACAAUUCAAACAAAUUGAUCGCGAACCGCGUUAAAAAAUAAAAAAAAAACAAACUAAUUACACCCUCCCUUUGUCCCAAAGUGACAAUAGGUCGAGGGACUAUCGUUAGGCCAAUGAAGUCAGCCUAAUUUUCUUCUUUGAUCGGACUACGUUUCGUGAUCUUAUAAUCCAACGUUAUCUACCUUAAAGGACUACUAAUAUUUUCGCUAGAUCGCUUCGCGAAGUGACAUUCAUUUUGCGCGUACUUUUGAACGAAAUUGAAUGAAACGAACAGAAAAAAAAACUAAGGACAUGAUAAUAUUAUAUAAAGUAAAUAAACUUAUGGAAAGAAAAUAGAGGGUUUCAAAAGGGAGAAGUGAAGUUGAUUCGAUGACUCCCAAUUGCGCGUGUCUCUUCGAACCAGUAUUGAGUUACGUGUGAUCAUGGAAGAAAGGAUCCAAUGAAUUAUUCAACAACUUGCGACGGCUUCUUCGAGAGACAUCGAAAAUUGUUCCGAGUUAUUAUCCACGUUGUAAGAGCGAUGUGCAUCGUAGCUUUACACGCAUUGACGGCGGAUCUAUUCGCGAGCAUAGAUCUUCGUAAAGAUCUCGAAAUAUAUUCGAUCGAAUUGAUGCGUUAUUUUCUCAUUGAUGAUCUGUUAUGCGAUCGCAUAAAAUAUUUACAAAUAAAUACUUAAAUACAAUAAUAUUUCAAUUGAAAUUUUACAAGUUUCUCGUCGUUGUCAUCGAUAUGAAUCGAUGAUAUAGAUUGUAACGGGACAAUCAAAUUGUACAAUUCGUCUUUUUUUUUAUUUAUUUAUUUAUUUACUUAUUUAUUUAUUUAUUUAUUUUCAAAAGUUCCUAGAUGCAUAAAAACUUCUUAAACUAUUUUGAAAGUUCAAUCGCUCAUUUUCGUGACUUUUUAAGCUAAUAGUCAAGCUUGUAGUUUUACAAGCUAGGCCUGUACUUUUACAAUUUGUAAAAAGAAAGUAAUCUGAAAAGUCACGGAAAUAGAGUAAUUGAUUUUUAAGAUUUACUUACGUAACUUUUAAUCCAUCUAAAAACUUUUGGCCGCGCCCUAUAAUCAGAUCAAAAGGAUUGAUAUUUACUAGAACAAUGACGCAUCUUCACGAUCGUUUUAUAUUCACGAGAGAUCACACGCGAGCACAAUAUAGAAUAUAAGCGUUUGCUUUGAUACCACCUAUUAAUCCGCCGACGUUCAUAGGCCGCAUUUCUAUCUAACUUACGAAAAAAGUGAGAUUAUCUUCGAUCGAAACGCUUGCUACGAAAUUAAACAAUCGUCAUUAAAUUUAUUGACGGGCGAAGAAUCGACGUGCUAAUCGAAAAGAAAAGAUAAGAAAAGAGAGAACCAAAAAAAAAGAAGAAAAAACAAACUGAGCUGAAUGAAAUGAAAAAGAAAAGAAAAAAAGAAGAAAUGGAUAUAAAAGUAAGGCACGUCGUAUUUCGCGAGGAAGCCAAACAGCAAUAUUAUAUGUAUAUAUAUUGUAAUUAUGAUGUGUAUAUACUAUAUUCAUAUAUAUAUAUAUAUAUAUAUAUAUAUAUAUAUAUAUAUAUAUAUAUUUAUUUAUUUGCGCGUACUUAUGUGGACUCACGUUCGUACGCGUAUAUAUACAUAUAUAUAUACAAACACAGACAUAUAUAUAUAUAUAAGUUGGUCAUCGAAUUGUUCUUUUACGUUUUCUUUAUUUUUUAUUUUUCUUUCGUUUCUUGCCUCUCGUGCUUGGACGAGUUCGUCGAAAUUAUUGUUAAAAGAUUACUAAUAGUAAAAAUAUAUUUGAAUAUCAAUUGUGAAAACUGAAUCUUAUAAAUUUAAUUUUCAUUGAUUUUUUAUUUCUUUUUUUUUCUUUUUUUUUUUGUUAUAUCCAAGACUUACAUUCAAGACGAAUUUGAAUUCGAUCAUUAUUCGAAAGUACUUUAAAAGAACGAACUAUAACUCUAUAACUUGAUGUAACUUUAAAGUCAUGUACAUACAUAUAAAUGUAUAUAUAUAUAUACGUGUAAUUAUUUUAGAAUUCUUCUUCAUUUUUUGUCACAUAAUUAAUUCAAAGAUGAUAUAUCAAAAUUAAGAUUUAUUCAGUAUAAAUUAUAUUUAUAGUUAUAUCAUAAAUUUUACAUUAUAUUACUUCUUUCUUUUUUUUUUUUUAUUUCUUUUUUCUUAAUGCAACAAGAAAUUAAGUUAUAGAGAUAUAUAUCGUCGUAGGCUAUAAUUAAAAGUAAUGAUAUAUUUAUUCGAUAGAGAUAUUCGAGGAUGACUCGUCCAAUGAAUAAUUAACGAUGAUCCGAACAGAAAGUAUAAAAAACGAACGUUUGUCCACAUCUAAGCUUGCGUGUACAUAAUAUAAAUAUAGUUUAAAGAAGAAAGAGAAAGAGAAAGAGAGAGAGAGAGAGAGAGAAGAGAAGAAGUAAAAUAGUUAUCAUUUCUCGUGUUAUAUGUGUAUAUAAAUAUAUAUAUACAUAUAUGUAUAUAUAUAUAUAUAUAUAUAUAUAUAUAUAUAUAUAUAUAUAUAUAUAACACAAAAGAAGGAAAAGAUAAAAAACUAUCGAAGAAUAAAAUGAUACGAGGACUUUGUUAAUUAGAUUUUAGACAAAUAGACGAUAUAGCUGGCUCUAUCGUAGUUUAUAUACUUAUACGCGAAAGUUUAAAAGCCGUUGACAUUUUAGGAAAAAGCUAAGCUAAGAAGCUAACAUAUUAUAAUCCCAAAUCGAUCGACUCAAUGGUGCGCAGGUUUUUCGUGCCCACUUUUUAUCGGGCGAGUCGUACACGCAUACAUAUACAUAUACACAUACACAUACACAUGCACACAUAUUCUAUUUACGAAAAGUUUACUCGACUUGCAAUUACAAUCGUGUCAUUAACAAAUAAGAUGCAAAUCUUAUAGUAAUCUUAUGCGAAUGCCGUUUCAUAAUUUCCUAUGAUCGGAAUUUAUCGGAAUCGUUCGUCGAUGUUCAAGAUCGUUUAACGGCUUUCACGUCUCCCUCUCUCUUUCUAAUCACAAAUCUAAUCAUGAAUCUAAUAAUUCGUUCUUUUCCUCAUUUUUGUUUACAUUCAAUCGUUUCAUCGAACGAAUAAAAAUUAGAAUAGACGUGCGUGAAAUAAACAAAAUUAUCUAAUAUAUGCCUAAAACUAAUUCGUCCAAUAAUUAGAAUUACACAUUGAACAUAAUUCGUUACCACUAAUCGGUCGGAAUCAACGAAUUUAAUCUGUGAAAAUAGGAACAACGAUGUGAGUGAUAAAUGGACGUGUUUAUUGGAACAGCAAUAAAAAUGGCAACAAUAAAGGUAAUAAGAAAAGUUAAAAUAAAAGAAAAUUCGUUGAAUAAUUAAGAUUUAAUAACGUUAUUACAUUUUUAACGUAACUUGUAUCUUAAAAAUCAGGAUAUAUAAAAGGCACGCGCGCGUGUGGAACGAUAAAUAAAAAAAAAAAGAAAAACAGAAAAAAAAUAGGAAACAAAAAGAAAGUUUUUUCAAUCGCCGAUCGAUUAAUUAUUGCAUCUCGCGUGAGUUAUUUGAAAUCGCGAAAGGGGGAUCUGCUCUGUUUGCCGUUUGAAUAUACUAUCUCGAUUUUUGACUAUCUCGUUUAUCUUUUUGUUUUUUAUUAAUUUUUUCUUUUUUUUUUUCUUUUUUUUUUAUAGCAUCAGCAUUUUCGUUUUUCCACGUCAAAGGACACGGAUAUUGAAAUCGAUCAUCGACUCGCCAUCGUCCAACUCGAAUACAUAAAAAGAGGUAAAGGUAUGAUAGAAAAUUGAAAAAAAAAAAAAAAAAAGGGAAGAAUAAUUUACAUUAUUUUAUUCGUUAAAAUUCGUUAUCGUUGAUAUUAACGAAUAAACAUUUAUUAUCAUCGUUAAUAUUGUUAACCCUUUAUAACACCAUAUAUCUCAGGUUAAACACUUACAUAUAUGUAUGUGUGUGCGUUUAACAAAAUAUUUUAAUCAUUUUUUCUUUCUUUUUUUUGUGAGAUCUUAUUUCAUUUAUAUUACCACGAACUUAAUUAUUACUUUUGCUGUUUUUAAGAUUAUUUUUACAAAAUGUGAUUUGACAAAGGAAGAUCGAUUAGAUAAGGAAAUAAAAUUUAAUCCUUUGCACUCGAAAGACGAUCCUUAGUAGCCAUUUGAUUUGAUACAAUAACUCGAAUAAUGAAUAAGGGAUGAUUAUAACUGAUUUAUGAAUAGUUAUGUUUUCUCUUAUAUGUUAUUCUAAAUUAUGUAAAAUUGAUGGAUUUUAUCGGUCGAACAAAUACACGUGAACAUAUUACUUCAUGCAAAAAACUCUCAAGUAAUGGUAUAAGCCAUUCUUUUGUGAGUUAGUAAAUAUCUAUAAUUAAUUCCUAACUUUUAUAUAAUCUUGUAAAAAAUGAAAAACGUUCGCUAAGUCAUUUGAAAUACGUCAAUUUUUUCUCGGAAAAGAUUCGACUCUGUAUUUCCCUAUAUAGAAAAAAACUUCACAGUGUAAAGGAUUAAUUAAAUUUAACAUAUUUGAUAAACGAGAUGAUUGGAAUGAUGUAUUUAGAUGAUCGAUCCAAUCUUUGAAAUUUUCGAUUAUCGAUUUAUAACUCGAUUAUUGAUUAAUACAGAUAGACAUGCUAGCGCCAAUUUCCAAAUUUAUAUCUGAAACAAACUUGAAAACACUAUUCUCUUAUUUUUUAACAUAAUAACUUCAGAAUUUUUGUUAUGUAUAAUUUUAUUGUAUUAGACAUGACAAAAAAUUGGCAUAUAGAGGGUUAACUUUUAAAAAAGAAAAUUAUCAAGAAAGAGAGAGAAGGAGAGAGAGAAAAUGAUUUUACGAAACUUGUGCGAUAAACAAACAAACAAAUUGAUUUUCACUUAAACAAGGCAAAUAUUAAUAGUGCAGAUUGUUGUCGAGAUUGAAGUUGAGAUAAUAAGAAGAUGUGAUAUUAGGAAUUUUUAUAUAUAUAUCAAGCCACUUUGCUAUAAUUCAUAUUUGCAAAUAUGGAUUAUUAUAGUAUUGCACUAUUGCAAUAAUUUGGAAACAUAAAAAAUUUAAUUAAAUGAAUAAAUAAAAAGACGAACGAAUAUCCGUCGAAUUGAUACUGAGUAUUGAUAAUAUUAUAUUACGAACGGCUAAUGCAAUUGAAUUUAUUAUUUUUUACAAUCGCUAUUCGUGAAUAUUUGCUUUAAAAUUCACACACACACAACACACACAAAAACAUUCCAUUCAAUAUUACGUUUAAAGCGAAAACUGCAUCAUCAACCAUUAACAAAUGAUAUAAAAAAUGAUAUAUCAAAUAUAUAUAUUUAUUAUCGUCAUCAUCAUUAUUAUUAUUACUAUUAUUAUUAUUAUUAUUAUUAUUAUUAUUAUUAUUAUUAUUAUUAUUAUUAUUAUUAUUAUUAUUAUUAUUAUUAUUAUUGUUGUUGUUGUUGUUGUUGUUGUUAUUAUUGUUGUUUUUGCUGUUGUUGUUGUAGUUAUUAUUAUUAUUAUUACUAUUAUUAUUAAUAUUAUUAUUAUUAUUAUUACUAUUACCAUCAUCAUUAUUAUCAUUAUUAUUAUUAUUAUUAUUAUUAUUAUUGUUCUCAUUAUCAUCAUCAUCAUCAUCAUCAUCAUCAUCAUCAUCAUCAUCAUCAUCAUCAUCAUCAUCAUUAUAAUCGUUUUUUAAAUUACUUUGUGGCUGUCGAAAAAACCCUCGAAGUGUAGUGUGAGUUGAUCAACGAAAAUCGAUAAAAAAUAUAAAACAUAUGGACAUGUGUGUAUAUGUGUGUAUGUAUGUAUGUAUGUAUGUUCGUAUGUAUGAAUGAAUGAAUGAACGGAUGAAUGAAUGAACGAACGAAUGAAUGAAUGAAUGAAUGAAUGAAUGGAUUAAUUAAUUAAUUGAUUAAUUAAUUAAUUUAUGAAGAAAUGCAUGCAUGUAUGCAUGCAUGCAUAUGUGAAUGAAUGAAUAAACGUAUGCAUGCAUGUUUGUAGACAAACGAUAUGAAAAGAAACACGAUCGAAUCGCUGGCGAUAAAAAAAAAAAUAUUCUAUGUCGAUGUUACGCGCGAAGGAUUAGAAAAAGACAAAUUUUUAUCUAUCUAUUAACUAGCAAUAAUAUCUUUGAAAUCGUCAUGUUCGGAAUCGUCAUGUUCAUAAUUUCUUCAAACUUGCCUCCUAUCGGAUUUCAAAGCGACAGAUUUGAAUCAAUUCGUGUAUUCGAGCGAGUACUUUGUAAAGUAAGAAAAGAAAGGAAGAAAGAAAAAAAAUCGAAUUUGUCUAAUCGAUUCUUUAUCUAGUUCGAAGUCGUGUCAAUCAUAAAUCUUUUCUGUCGCAUAAAUCCUUGCUUCACACCUCGAGGGAUCGAUGGAUCGGUCGAAUCCGGACGAAUACAAGAUCAUUGAAAAGUUCUCGAGAAAUUUAUAUGUAAUUAUAACGAAAUCUAUCUUCAUUCUUUUAUUUUAUUUUAUUUAUUUAUCUUUUUUUCUCGAAUAACGGACCAAAUCACUUUUUAUUUCAUAUGAGAAGUAACGUAUCUGAUUAAUUAAAAUUUAUUAUGGUUAAAAAAAUAUUUGGAUGAAUAAUAAAAAUAUUUGCCAAGUAAUUUGAUUAGCAUCUCGUGAACUUUUCAAAGACAUGUACGCAUAUGCAUAUGUAAAAGAAAAAAGAGAAAAAAAUGUCGCAGAAUCUCUCACGUCCUGUUCUCGUUUUGAAAAAGAAAUCAAUGAAAGAAAAAGAAAAAAGAAAAUUAAUAAUAAUCUUCUCGUUCGUUCGUGUCUUCCCGAUUUUAUUUGUUAGCGAUCUUCGCACGUAGUUUAUCCUCCUUUUUUUCACAAAACAACGAACAAAGACGGAAAAAAAUAAUCAAGCACGGAGAGUAAAAGUAAAAAGGAAAACAACUCGAAUUAAAAAAUAAAUAAAUAAAUAAAUAAAAGAAAAAAGAUUGAAAGAAACUCGCAUCCUUCGAUCUCGAUAAAGGAAUUAAUUUGUUGAAUAUAAAACGCGAAGUGUGUUCAAAUUUGUAUUGCUUCAAAUAUCACUACCAAUCAAAGUCAACAUAAUCUAAAAAAGCAAAGGAGAGUUUAACAGACGCCAUUUUGAAUUAAUGUUAGUCUUAUAGUUAUCAUACACAUACACAUACAAAAAACACGACGAAUAGGACGAUAAAAAUUAAUUACUUAAUGAGAUAAUGAAUUAUUAUUGUUUAAUUAUUAUUACUGUUGUUAUUAUUAUUAUUAUUAUUAUUAUUAUUAUUAUUAUUAUCAUUAUUAUUAUUGUUGUUGUUGUUAUUUUUAUUUUUAUUAUUAUUAUUAUUAUAUGAAUACAUUCAUUAAUAAAUUAUAUAUAUAUCUUAUAUGUAUAUAAAUAUAUAUAUACAUAUAUAAUUAAUUUAUUAAUUAUUACAGUCUUCUCCGUCUUGCGAGGAUUUACAAAUUUUAUCUGUAAGACACGUACGGCGAUCGAAGACUCUCAUAUAAAAUUUACGACGACGACAGCGAUCGUAACGACGAUCGAAGAAGCCGUGAUGUAAUAAUAUGUAUCGAAUUUUUCGAGGAAAACAAAAGUGAUCACAAGAGUCUAACAGUAGUUUAAUCGAAAGGAAUUAAAAAAGAAAGCAACAAAAAAAUCACAAAUAUUAUAUAUAUAUAUAUAUAUAUAUAUAUAUAUAUACAUAUAUAUAUAUAUACAUACAUAUAUAUAUACAUAAAUAUAUUAUUAUUAUUAUUAUUAUUAUUAUUAUUAUUAUUAUUAUUAUUAUUAUUAUUACUAUUACUACUACUAUUACUACUACUACUAUUACUACUAACUACUACUAUUAUCACUAUACUACUACUACUAGAAGGGGGGAAUUUUUGCUAUAACUACCACUUCGUCCAUUUUUCUAUAUGGGCAGUUCGUUGCACUGUAAUCAGCCCUCGGCCUUGUAAAUUUUAUCCUUGUCAUUUCCAAAGAAACAAAAAAAGAAAGAAAGAAAAGAAAAAAUAAAAGAGAAAGAGAAAGGUAGGAAAGUAAACGAAUUAUGAAGAAAAUAAUAUUCGAGCCCCCAAUUGCGGAGUGCCAAUGCACUGAUAUACAUAUUUUUCUUUUUCUUUUUUAGAGUAGAAGUUGUGAAUAGGGGGAAAGGAGGAAUACGCGUAGAUGUCGAUCGAUUAUUCUCUUUUCCAUUUUUCAAAAUGUCGACUCGACGUUAAAAAUCGAUCGUCGCGUUAAUAAACAAAAGAAAAAAAAAGAAAAAAAAGAACAAAAUACAAUAAAAUAAUAAAAAAAUAACUUUCAAUGGACAUACUGCACUCCGAAUGCGGGGGUACGAUUCUUACGAAACUUUGCGAAUUUAAUCGUGCGAUCUGUGAAGUCGAAAGAAACGCGGGGGAAAGAAUAAAAAAAAAAGAAGUGAAAGAUCCCACGCAAGCGAUUUUGGCCAUUUUCAAUUGUGGCGAUCGUUGACGAGCGAAUUUCCGAGGCUUCGACAGUGUGCUAUGAUCCUUUUAAUGAAACUAUAAUUUUUUUAUCGAAAAAAGAAAUAAAGUACAGUAAAAAAGAGAGAGAGAGAGAGAGAGAGAGAGAGAGAGAGAGAUUUUUAAAUACAGAUCAUUUGAGAUAGUUCUUUGUUUCCUAUUAAUCUUUUAUUUUUACAAUGUAGUGAAAAAGAAGACGUUUCGAUUGAAACGAAACACCGAGUAAUCCCUCGUGAUAAAUGAUAAAAAUAAGAAAGUAAAAGAAGAAAAUGAAAAAAAAAAGAAAAGAAAA